AUCUAACCGUUGGCAAAUCGGGAUAAGACACGCCCCGUCCAAUUACCUGUUAAUAUUAACUGGCGGCCCACUUGGCUGACCCCCGACUGGCUGACCCAACUGGCUGAGCGGGCGCACUCAUCUCCCAGGGGCACACACCAGGCACCAGGCAACAGCAACAGCAGCACCACAACAGCCGCACAAUGGGCAAGAAGAACUCCAAAUUGAAGCAGGAUACCAUUGAUCGUCUGACAACGGACACAUACUUUACCGAAAAGGAAAUACGUCAAUGGCACAAAGGUUUUCUCAAAGACUGCCCGAACGGUCUGCUGACUGAACAAGGAUUCAUCAAAAUUUACAAGCAGUUUUUCCCAGACGGUGAUCCCAGUAAAUUUGCCUCGUUGGUAUUUCGAGUAUUCGAUGAGAACAAUGAUGGAGCUAUUGAAUUUGAGGAAUUCAUACGUGCGCUGUCCAUAACAUCGCGUGGAAAUCUGGAUGAGAAACUGCACUGGGCCUUCCGUCUCUAUGACGUCGACAACGAUGGCUACAUCACGCGAGAGGAAAUGUACAAUAUUGUCGAUGCAAUUUAUCAAAUGGUGGGCCAACAGCCGCAGACGGAGGAUGAGAAUACGCCGCAGAAGCGUGUCGACAAGAUCUUCGAUCAAAUGGACAAGAAUCACGACGAUCGGCUAACCUUGGAAGAGUUUCGUGAGGGUAGUAAAGCUGAUCCACGUAUAGUUCAGGCGUUAAGUUUAGGUGGUGAUUAACCAAUGGAGUAAUUGUAAUUCGAGAUUGUCACCGAGUUGGAAGACAACGAAUUCGUGCACAAUAAAUCUGAAUAUGGUUCGAUGAUAUAUACAAACAAA